GCCAACGUUCGCGGAUAUUCUGGAACCUUCUUUCCAAGCUUGAUAAAGCGGGGCGGCGGCCGGCGGAUUUCAUACCAGCCGAGACACGGAGAGGGAGAGCACGUAACAGUUCGAGACUACACGCUACACUCGAAUUUCUCCUUAGUCUUCUACCAAAACCAAAUCAACAACCAUGUCCAGGGGAGCAGCAGUGGGUAUCGACCUGGGUACCACCUACUCAUGUGUGGGUGUGUUCCAGCAUGGCAAGGUGGAGAUCAUCGCCAACGAUCAGGGCAACAGGACCACGCCCUCCUAUGUGGCCUUCACCGACACCGAGCGUCUCAUUGGUGAUGCCGCCAAGAACCAGGUGGCCAUGAACCCCAACAACACAGUAUUCGAUGCCAAGAGACUCAUCGGCAGGAAGUUCAACGAUCAUAAUGUACAGAGCGACAUGAAGCACUGGCCCUUUGAUGUGAUCGAUGACAACACAAAGCCAAAGAUCAAAGUAGACUACAAGGGCGAGACCAAGUCGUUCUACCCCGAGGAGAUCUCAUCCAUGGUGCUGAUCAAGAUGAAGGAGACGGCCGAAGCUUACCUUGGCACCACCGUGAAGGACGCUGUCGUCACCGUUCCAGCCUACUUCAACGACUCCCAGCGUCAGGCCACCAAGGACGCUGGGACCAUCUCUGGUCUCAAUGUGCUGCGUAUCAUCAACGAACCCACCGCCGCCGCCAUCGCCUACGGCCUCGACAAGAAAGUAGGCGGUGAGCGCAACGUGCUCAUCUUCGAUCUUGGCGGUGGGACCUUCGAUGUGUCCAUCCUGACCAUCGAGGAUGGUAUCUUCGAAGUAAAGUCCACAGCUGGAGACACUCACUUGGGUGGGGAGGACUUCGACAAUAGGAUGGUCAACCACUUCCUCCAGGAGUUCAAGCGGAAGUACAAGAAGGAUCCGUCUGAGAGUAAGCGUGCCCUCCGCCGCCUCCGUACUGCUUGUGAGCGUGCGAAGCGUACCCUCUCUUCCUCCGCCCAGGCCAGCGUGGAGAUCGACUCUCUUUUUGAGGGCAUUGACUUCUACACCUCCAUCACCCGUGCCCGCUUUGAGGAGCUCUGCGCUGACCUGUUCCGUGGCACUCUGGAGCCUGUGGAGAAAUCCCUCCGUGAUGCCAAGAUGGACAAGGCCCAGAUCCAUGACAUCGUGCUCGUGGGCGGCUCCACCCGCAUCCCCAAGAUCCAGAAGCUGCUGCAGGACUUCUUCAACGGCAAGGAGCUCAACAAGUCCAUCAACCCUGAUGAGGCUGUGGCCUACGGUGCGGCGGUGCAGGCAGCCAUCCUGUGCGGCGACAAGUCUGAGGCUGUGCAGGACCUGCUGCUGCUUGACGUGACUCCUCUGUCUUUGGGUAUUGAGACUGCUGGUGGUGUGAUGACGGCCCUCAUCAAGCGUAACACCACCAUCCCCACCAAGCAGACUCAGACAUUCACCACCUACUCCGACAACCAGCCAGGUGUGCUCAUCCAGGUGUAUGAAGGAGAGCGAGCCAUGACAAAGGACAACAACCUCCUUGGCAAGUUCGAAUUGACUGGCAUUCCACCAGCGCCCCGAGGUGUGCCUCAGAUUGAGGUGACCUUUGACAUCGACGCUAACGGCAUCUUGAAUGUGUCUGCUGUGGACAAGUCAACUGGUAAGGAGAACAAAAUCACCAUCACCAACGAUAAGGGCCGCCUCAGCAAGGAGGAGAUCGAACGCAUGGUGCAGGACGCUGAGAAGUACAAGGCCGAGGACGAAAAGCAGAGGGACCGUAUCGGUGCCAAGAAUGCUCUCGAGUCAUACUGCUUCAACAUGAAGUCCACCGUGGAGGAGGAGAAGUUCAAGGACAAGGUGAGCGAGGAGGACCGUAACAAGAUCUUGGAGGCCUGCAACGAAGCCAUCAAAUGGCUCGAUGCCAACCAGCUGGGCGAGAAGGAGGAAUACGAACACAAGCAGAAGGAUCUGGAGCAGAUCUGUAACCCCAUCAUCACCAAGAUGUACCAGGCUGCAGGCGGUGCUCCUCCAGGUGGCAUGCCUGGUGGCUUCCCUGGUGCUGGCGGUGCCCCUGGUGGUGCUGCCCCAGGUGGUGGUUCCUCUGGACCCACCAUUGAGGAAGUCGACUAAGUGCCACUCUAGGCUGGGUACAAGACAUUCCAUAUCACCCUCGGAUCUUUUGCUCUAUUUAUUUAUUUACAACUUCAUUCUCAUUCCUUUUAGUGUGAGGUUACAAUAAAAGUUGAACAUCAAUAAAUGGAGGAAUGAAA